AGGCAGGACGAGCUGAACCCCAAACACUCACACAUGCAAUGGAAAGAAACUCUCCUCAUCCUCUCUCUCUCUCUCUCUCUCUCUCUCUCUUGCAUGAACGAUGGCUCUUUUCCUCGUAUCUUUCUCUCCCAUCUCCGUGUCAUCUGUUCACCGUCCUUCUCCUCCUCGGCCUGGAAGCCAGCACCCGUGCUCUCGUCUCACCUCCGUCGCAGCAUCUCUCAGCUCCUCCUCUCCUCAUAAUUCAUCCACCUCUUCUUCUUCUACCCAAAGCAUUCCCUCCUCUAAUCAGAAUCCCAGGCCCUUUGUCGGUCCUGCCGCUUCCCCAUCUCCCGACACCCCCUUCAACUACGCCUUGGCGAAUCCUAGCUCUAACCCUGUUGUAGGGAUUGCUCGCGCCACGGAAUCCACCAUCGAGAGGGUGAUAUUUGAUUUCCGCUUCUUGGCAAUUUUGGCUGUUGGAGGUUCGUUGGCUGGUUCCUUGCUGUGUUUUCUGAAUGGCUGUGUUUACAUUUUCGAUGCAUACAAGGUUUAUUGGACAUGCUGUCUCAAAGGGGUCCACUCAGGACAGAUGGUUCUACGAUUAGUUGAGGCUAUUGAUGUUUAUCUUGCCGGCACUGUCAUGUUAAUAUUUGGCAUGGGUUUAUAUGGGCUAUUUAUCAGUAAUGCACCUCCCGGUGCACCUUCGGAUAAGGAUCGUGCUCUCAAGGGUUCUUCCUUGUUUGGGAUGUUUGCUCUAAAGGAGAGGCCUAAAUGGAUGAAAAUUACUUCACUUGAUGAACUAAAGACAAAGGUGGGGCAUGUCAUUGUCAUGAUCCUUUUGGUAAAGAUGUUUGAGAGGAGCAAGAUGGUGACUAUAGCUACUGGUUUGGAUCUUUUAAGUUACUCUGUAUGUAUUUUCCUGUCAUCUGCGUCCCUGUACAUUCUUCACAAUCUUCACAAGUCGGAAUGAAGAUGUUCAAAAAUUAAUUACUUUUGUUACAAUACAAAUUUGUAAAAAUAGAAGUUCUCAUGUUGUUUCCUU